GCCACUCACACAAUCGCUGGCCCUAUCACACACACCCUAUUUUUAUUAUUAUUAAUAUUUCUCUGCCUUUUACUUUCCGAAUUCAAAAAUAACAAAACGCCACCCAGAAAUUUAGGCCUCCAUUUCCAAAAUAUAACGACAACAAAACCAAGAAGAAAAAAGAAGAAGAAGAAGAAGAAGAAGGAGAGAAAGUGCGCAACGGGAAUAAGGGGGUCUUCUUCUCUCCCCGUUUCAGCUCUUCCCUUUCUUCUUUUCUUUUUUCUUCUCUGCUUUGCUCCAGUGAGGUCUGAAGAAUUAAGAGAUCAUGGUUGCAACUGCUGCUACGGCGUCGUUUUUCCCGGUGACUUCACCUUCAGCAGAUUCUGGUGGAAAAGCGAAGAAACUUGGUGGUCGCGCUGCGAACCUUGGAGGACUCAAACCGAAACAAGUUUCUUCUGGUGGCUUGCACGUGAAGGCAAAUGCACAAGCCCCUCCCAAGGUUAACGGAACAGUGGUGGCUACCCCUGUGGAGAGCGUGAAGCUUGAGGAUGAUUUUCCCUCAGCACCUCCUCCGGCAAGGACCUUCAUCAACCAGUUACCUGAUUGGAGCAUGCUUCUCGCCGCCAUCACGACGGUGUUCCUUGCCGCCGAAAAGCAGUGGAUGAUGCUCGAUUGGAAGCCUAGGCGACCCGACAUGCUCAUUGAUCCCUUUGGUAUAGGAAAGAUUGUCCAGGAUGGGCUUGUUUUCAGGCAAAACUUUUCAAUUAGGUCAUAUGAGAUUGGCGCCGAUCGAACCGCGUCUAUAGAGACGUUAAUGAAUCAUUUGCAGGAAACUGCACUUAAUCAUGUUAAGACUGCUGGGCUUCUUGGUGAUGGCUUUGGUUCAACGCCUGAAAUGUGCAAAAAGAACCUGAUAUGGGUUGUAACACGCAUGCAGGUUGUGGUUGAUCGAUACCCUACGUGGGGUGAUGUUGUUCAAGUAGACACCUGGGUUUCUGCUUCAGGGAAGAAUGGUAUGCGUCGUGAUUGGCUUGUGCGUGACAUCAAUACUGGUGAAAUCUUGACAAGAGCCUCCAGUGUUUGGGUCAUGAUGAAUAAACUAACAAGGAGACUGUCUAAAAUUCCUGAAGAAGUCAGAGGAGAGAUAGAGCCUUAUUUUGUGGAUUCUCCUCCGGUUGUGGAAGAGGAUAACAGAAAACUACAUAAACUUGAUGAUACAGCUGAUUUUAAACGCACUGGUUUAAGUCCCAGGUGGAGUGAUCUAGAUGUUAAUCAGCAUGUUAACAAUGUGAAGUACGUUGGGUGGAUUCUUGAGAGUGCACCACAGCCACUUUUGGAGAAUCAUGAACUGUGUGCCAUGACUUUGGAGUACAGGAGGGAGUGUGGCAGGAACAGUGUGCUGGAGUCCCUGACCGAUGUCUCUGGUGUUGAUGUAGGCAAUUUAGCGGACGGUGGAUUUGUUGAGUGCAAGCACUUGCUUCGACUUGAAGAUGGUUCUGAGAUUGUGAGGGGUAGGACUGAGUGGAGGCCCAAACCUGUAAACAACUUUGCAGUUUUGAGUCAGGUUCCAGCAGAAAGCACCUGAAUAUUGGCUGGCAUCAAUUGAGUGGCGUCAAGUUCCUAGGUGCAGAUUGGAUCUACCUUUGGAGAGCUUUGCUUGUUUUUAUCAGAUCUGUGUCUUAAAUGUAUGAAAUUUGUGUUACUUUGGCGGGUAGAAAAUGGGGAGGGGGAAGUAAAAGCAAAUCUCAUUCUCAUUGUAUUUAUCUCCUGCACUACUCUCCCUCGCUCGCUGCUCCAUCGUCCAUUUCAUUUAUGGUUAUGCUACUGCUAGGUGUCAUCAAUAUUUAAUUGUUUCAUCGAAAUGGCCAAGCAUGUAUAUUACUAACGUUUUUUCCACUCUUUUCCCUUAUUAGAAAGAUGCAAUUUUCCUCAUGUACAUGCCAAAAAAGCCAAAUAUUAUUGUAUGUGUAACUGCAAGGCAAGAAUAAGUAAUUGCUCAAAACUUGGGUGUGGGUUUGAUUGGCUUUUGUCUAAUACGAAUGCAUACUCUGGAUUGUAGUAGGGUUUGCGAUCCACAUAAGAGCAAUAAUCAUGGUACUUUCCCAUUAUAAAUGGAAUAAAAAUAAGAGUGGGAUUACUUU